UUUAUCUCCUGUCCGACCCGAGAGACACAGAACAUCCGCCCGAUUCCCUCCAAAACACGCUGCUGGAUCUGGAUCUUACACACGGAACCGAAGAGCCAGGCGUGAGAACGCGAGAUCCCAUUCAGCGCAAACUCAGAACACCAUGGAGCUGAAGGAUGACCGGCGAUUUCACCACCUCACCCAAGAGCAAGUAGAGACUCUAGAUCAGGUUCUCACCGAGGUCAUUCCCAUUCACGGACGAGGCAACUUUCCCACGCUGGAGAUCAAACCCAAGGACAUCAUCCACGUGGUGAGGGACAGACUGGUUUCCAAGCAUAUCAAGGUGAGAGACGUCCGUCUGAACGGCUCCACGGCAAGUCACGUCCUGGUCAAAGAGAACGGCACCAGCUAUAAAGAUCUGGACAUUAUCUUCGGAGUGGAACUUCCCAAACAGGAAGAUUUCCAAAUCAUAAAGGAGGUGGUUCUUGGGUGCCUGCUAGACUUUCUGCCACAGGGGGUGAACAAGGACAAAAUCACUGCUCUAACGAUGAAAGAGGCGUACGUUCAGAAAAUGGUCAAGGUGUUCACAGAGCAUGACCGCUGGAGCCUCAUUUCACUCUGUAACAACAGCGGUAAAAACGUUGAGCUUAAAUUCGUAAGCUCUCUUCGGCGCCAGUUCGAAUUUAGCGUCGAUUCCUUCCAGAUUAUUUUGGAUUCCAUGCUGGAGUCGUAUCUUGAAGCUGAACGACGUGAGGCUGCAAAAGAGGUUCCGUCAGUGACGGUCAUUGCAGAAAGCAUGUAUGGAGAUUUUGAGCAAGCUAUGGACCACCUGCGAUAUCGCCUGAUUGCGACUCGCAAUCCUGAAGAAAUCCGCGGCGGCGGUUUGCUCAAGUACAGCAACCUGCUGGUUCGAGACUUCAAACCAGCCAGUGAGACAGAAAUCAAAACUCUCGAGCGUUACAUGUGCUCACGAUUCUUCAUUGACUUUCCAGACGUGAAUGAACAGCAGAGGAAGAUCGAGUCCUACCUGCGAAAUCACUUUAUAGGAGAGGAAAAGAGCAAGUAUGAUUACUUAAUGACACUUCGACGGGUGGUCAACGAGAGCACGGUGUGCCUAAUGGGCCAUGAGCGCAGACAGACACUCAACAUGAUUACCAUCCUGGCUCUGAAGGUUCUCGGCGAGCAGAACAUCAUUCCCAACACCAACAAUGUCACAUGCUACUACCAGCCUGCACCAUACAUGGCUGACCACAACUUCAGCAACUACUACAUCGCUAAUGGACAAUCGCCACUUAUAUACCACCCCUAUCCUCUACACAUACACAUGCAGACUGGACUGGUUUAGCACCAAACUGUGGUGUAAAGAUACAUAAGAACCUGCCACUUGGCUGAAGCAGAACUAAAAAUGGCCACCACAAAUAAAAAUAAUCCUCAGCAUGAGAGAAAAUCCCAGCGCUUAAUCAAAUAAAAUCUGAGUAUGAGUGCUUUCAAAUAAAACAAAUACAUGGCCAUAAAACAAGAACUGGCCUAGGUUUGACAACCAAAGGA